AUGACUUCCAACACCAAGACAGUAGCCUUCUUCGGUGCUAGCACUGGCGUAGGUCUUGCAGCUCUCAAGCAUAGCGUGGCAGCAGGCCUGCAAUGCACCGCGCUCUGCCGGACUCCAUCAAAGCUCGAGGCCAUUUUCCCAGCGGGGUCCACGCACAAUCUCAAGAUCAUUAAAGGCGACGCCCAUGAUAUUACCACGGUCACUGAAUGCAUCCGCACAGAGGAUGGCAACCUCGUCGACAUGAUCAUCACCACCAUCGGCAGUCGACCAAUCUGGUACAAGAUGACCAUCGAAGACCCCGAGUGCUGCCGCAAAGGCGCGUCUGUCCUCCUGGAAGCAAUUGCCCAACUUCGAAGCCAAGGAGCGAUCGGCCGUCCCUACAUUGUGCCAUUCAGCACCACUGGAAUGUCCCGAUUUGGCCGCGAUUAUCCCUUGGCCAUGUUCCCGAUCUAUGUUUGGCUGCUCAAGGCUGCCCAUGAGGACAAGAAGAUCAUGGAAGAUCGAUUCAUUGCUAGUGGAGAGACAUUCACCAUUCUUCGUGGCAGUAUUCUGAAUGAUGGCGAGACGAGAAAGACCGUCCGUGUGGGUAUCGAAGAUCCCAAGACUGGUCGGGAGUCUACCGAGAUUGGAUAUUUCAUCUCAAGGGAGGAUUCGGGACGAUGGAUCUCAGAGAAUCUCAUUCUGAAGAAGACAAAAGAGUAUGAGAACAAGAUUCUCAUGAUUACUACCUGA